UGAGGAAUUUCCAGGAUGUGCGAGUGUUAUGGUGAUAGGUGAUAGUUGGUAAAUGUGGUUAUGGUCCGCGGGGCUGCCUGGGUUGUUUGACCCCGUCGCCAUGGUUGUGCCAGGCAUGAAUCACCCGAAAAUCUAGCGGGCAGCCUUCGCGGGAAAGCCGAUGAGUGCCGCCAGUUACUCACCAGGGCUUGGGUGUAUCGGUCGCAGUUGUAAGUCGGCGUUUUCGAAAGUGAGGGAUAAAGUGAGUAUCAGGCACAAUGUCAGGCCUGAACAGCCUGUUCACAUUUACCAGUCCAGCUGUGAAGAAGCUGCUGGGCUGGAAGCAGGGUGACGAGGAGGAGAAAUGGGCUGAGAAGGCAGUGGAUGCACUUGUCAAGAAGCUGAAGAAGACCAAGGGUGCACUGGAGGACCUGGAGAAUGCGCUCAGCAAGCCUGGACAGCGCACCAAGUGCGUCACCAUCGCGCGGAGCCUGGACGGCCGACUGCAGGUGUCCCAUCGCAAGGGCCUGCCGCACGUGAUCUACUGCCGCGUCUGGCGCUGGCCCGACCUGCAGUCGCACCACGAGCUGAAGCCGGUCGAGGACUGCGCCUACCCCUUCACGGCCAAGCAGAAGGACGUUUGCAUCAACCCGUACCACUACCGGCGCGUCGAGAGUCCCGUGCUGCCGCCGGUUCUGGUGCCGCGCCACAGCGAGUUCGCGCCCGGCCACUCGAUGCUGCAGUUCCAGCCGCCGCCGCCGCCACUUCCCGAGCCCAUGAUGCCGCACAAUGUCAGCUUCGGCAGCCAGGGCUUCGGCCAGCCGAGCUCGCCGCCCAACGGGGCGCCCUCCCCGCUCUCCUCCAUCCCGUCGGUGGGCUCGCCGAGCUCGGUGGCGUCGGACCCGCAGUCGCCGUUCGGCCUACAGGCCGGCACCCCGCCGCCUGCCUACAGUCAGCAGGACGAGGGUCCCGCCUCGGCCGUGGCGGGCGGCUCCACGCGCAUGGACACCAGCACCAGCACGCUCAUCCCCACAGACGUGCAGCCCAUCACAUUCCAGGAGCCGAAUUGCUGGUCGAGCAUCGCCUACUACGAGCUGAACAACCGCGUGGGCGAGGUGUUCCACGCGGCCGUCCACUCGGUCGUGGUGGACGGCUUCACCGACCCCAACAACAAGGCGGACCGCUUCUGCCUCGGCCAGCUGUCCAACGUCAACCGCAACUCAACCAUCGAGAGCACGCGCAAACACAUCGGCAAAGGCGUGCACCUGUACUACGUGGGCGGUGAGGUGUACGCCGAGUGUCUCUCCGACUCGGCCAUCUUCGUGCAGUCCCGCAACUGCAACCACCACCACGGCUUCCAUCCGUCGACCGUCUGUAAGAUCCCGGCCGGCUGCAGCCUCAAGAUCUUCAACAACCAGGAAUUCGCUCAGUUGCUCUCGCAAAGCGUCAACCACGGCUACGAGGCCGUGUUCGAGCUGACCAAGAUGUGCACCAUCAGGAUGUCGUUCGUGAAGGGCUGGGGCGCCGAGUACCACCGCCAGGACGUGACGUCCACGCCCUGCUGGAUCGAGAUCCACCUGCACGGGCCGCUCCAGUGGUUGGACAAGGUGCUCACGCAGAUGGGCUCCCCCCACAACGCCAUCUCCAGCGUGUCGUGAUCCGGGCGGCCGCCGAGCGCACUGCGAUCUCACCCGGCCGCCGCAAGGUGGCGGCACUGGCGUCACGCUCGUCCGCGCGUCUCGCCCGGCGAGCAAGGCGCGCUGCGUUAUCAUACCGCUUCUCAUCCGCUCGUGUGGGUGGGUGCCUCAUGGCGUCUGUGCAUUCUUGGUCAUUUCGGUUAGUUUGCGAUUAGAUGAUGACGCGAGUAGGUACCGCCGUGGAAUAGAGCGUACGCAUGGUAAUAGCGAUGCGCUCGCCCGUUGACCUAGUUCUGCGCUUGCCGUCGUGGCAGUGGCGGUGUCGGCGCCUGUGCUGUUGGCCGUCUCGACAAGGGCGUCGUCUUUGUUAUGCUGGCUGGAUCGGUGGAAUUCGUGCGAUAUAUGUGCCAUGUGCAGAUCCCGUGUGACCGCGGUGUCUCCGAAUUCCCACAAGCUUGGGAACUCUUGGACCGCUUGGUGCGCUGCUUAUUUGGGGUAGGGUGGGAGUGGCGAAGCGGAGGGAGGGGCAUGAAGCCAUGGCCUUUUAGACCACGUGUGAACUGUAGACAAUCAUCGACCUGGUGCAAAUCAUCUAUCUUAUAUCUUAAUUGACCGCCUUUUGGCAUCUUAACACCGAGUGAGUGGCGCGUGCUGCGAAUGUGCUGUGCUGUAGCUGGUUUUGUACAUACUCUGGACGCGUCACGACGGAUCUCCUGUCGCAGGGCGCGUGUCGCCGGACACAAGCCGACGCGUCGAGCCGAUGCCCUGGGCCGGCGCCAGGUGGCGCGCACGUGCACCGCUCCGCUUGUGCUCGUGCUUCCCGUCCAUCGAAACGUGCUUUGCGUCAAUACACUUUUAUACGUCUUGC